GAUAACAACUCCCCAGGGACGAUGGCACCGCGUGCGUGGCUCUGCUAGUGACACUAUACCCGGCACCUCACUCGGACACUGCCUGCAUACCCCGCCGACCCGCAAUCAUGUAUUCCGGCCGCAAGUGCUGCUAAUUGCAAGGUGCGACUGAACCUCGAUAUAAAUCGGAAGUGCGCGUUCCGCCGGACACCGAUGUUCCACCACGUCGCGGGCAUUUCCUUCCAGCAACGACCGUAACGACAUCGCUGCCAUGGGUGACACCUCGUAGGCACUCACUCUGGGCUCAUCCUCGGGUUGCAAAAAGCGAGGUCGUAAUUACGUAGUAAAAGUGUAAUUAGCUGCCGUUAGUCGAGUGUUGCGGUGAAGGAGCCGCCAUGUGCGAUACCACAGAGCACAUGGACACGCGCUCCGAGCCCUCGCAGGGCACGGACGCUGACGGAGAGGACGACAUCUCCGUCGGGAGCCACUCGCCGCUCCCGCCGCCGAGAGAUGACACGGACGACUCUAUGAUCGACGUGGACGACAGUGCCAAUGACGAGCCCCGGGAGAAGGAGGUGGCGAGCCCCAAGGUGGAGCCCCCGGACCCCGCCAUGAGCCCAGGGCCCCCUCGCACGCCCCCCGUGGCUCACCAGGGCAACAACGCCGCCCUUCAUCGCUCCCUAAAGUUCUCCAUCGACAAUAUUCUCAAACCGGACUUCGGCCGACGGAUAGACACGCAGGAGUCGAGUGACCAGCCCGUCGACCUUUCGCAGGUCAAUAACAGAGACGGCAAGAAGGGCCUGGUGGACCCCACCAGGAGUCUGGGGGCGGUCGGCCAGAACCCCAACAGCCUACUCCUAAAAGACAGGGACGGCACGGGCACCAGCCUAUGGCCGGCCUGGGUCUACUGCACGCGCUACUCCGACAGACCUUCGGCAGGCCCCAGAACGCGAAGGAUCAAGAAACGGGACAAGAAGGACGAGAAACGACCGAGGACCGCGUUCACGUCCGAUCAGCUGGCCAGACUCAAGAAGGAGUUCCAGGAAAACAGAUACCUGACGGAGAAGAGGCGACAGGACCUGGCUCGCGACCUCGGACUGAACGAGAGUCAAAUCAAGAUCUGGUUCCAAAAUAAACGCGCCAAAAUAAAAAAGUUUCUGGCCGUUUCCCAGCAGUCCGCAGGCCAGAAGAACCCGCUGGCGUUGCAGCUGAUGGCGCAGGGGCUGUACAACCACUCGACCAUCCCGAUCCGGGAGGAGGACGACGAGAAGAUCCUGCCGCCCGUAUGAUCCUCGGUCUACGGGUCGUCCCUUCCCUACCAGAGCCGCUGAGACGAGGAGGACGAGGAGGAGGAGGACGAGGAGGACGAGAAUCUCCCAGGACGACGGCAGGAGCGAUGGAGGACGCGGGGAAAGGAGGGCGAAGUGAAGGAGGAGGAGGAGGACGCCGACGACGACGACGACGACGAAGUGACGACUACGAACGACGACGUCCUGAGUCUAGGGGACGACUCUCGCGCGGCUGACCGGCGCUGGCGAGGUCGUCCGGAUGGGAGGCCAGCGAGCGCGAAACGACGACGGACGUGUAUGCUUAGGAAAACGACUUCUCAGAACCAGUCCUGGUUGAUGGUGUCGAAGGAGGAAGGCCUCGGUGCUCCCACGUGGCUCCUGUUCCUCCUCCCAGUGAUUUCUCGUAAAGGUUUAACACAAGAGAUAAAGAGAGAGAGAGAGAAAGAGAGAGAUAAUGAUAAAAAGAAAGAGAGAGAUAAAGAUAAAGAGAGUGCUAGAGAAAGAGAGAGAAAGAAAGAAAAUAAUCGCGUUCUCUGAUUCUCACCUGACGAAAAAUAUGUGUUGGUGUCUCCGGAUGACAAAGCUGGUCGUCCGUGGCUUCCGGAGACUGUGGGCGAGCGCUGGGAAGAAAUCCGGCAAAAAGUGAUAAAGAGAUAAUUGUGUCCAAAAAGAGGCAAAACACGCGAUUAUUUAAAGACAAGUGAUGAAGGACCUCAACUUCGUCUGUCUGUCAAAGAGAUGUUGCCUAUUUUGGUCGACUGAAAAGCUCCCGAACUAUGUCUCUUUUCCCUUGUAAAAUCAGGCUCUCGUCUUAUCUUCAGUAAUACAAAAUAAAAUAAAAUAAAAGUGUUGACAAAACAAACACGAUGAUCACUUUAUCGGAAGUAGUGAUGUUCCAACACAGGCAUAUUAACAAGAAUAGUUCGUUGUCAUAAGUCUUUUAGAAUAAUGGGCAUACGAGUGAGUAAAGAACAGGGAAAUAUGCAGAUGUAAAAAAAACAAACAAACAAAAAUUGGAAGUGAUUGGUGAAAGAAACUUUUUUAUCCUCAUGUCGUGAAGAAAAAUGAAAAUAUAAAAUCGCCUUCGAGUAAUUAGAACUUCUAUCUUUAAUCACUACAGGCGAUUUUUGGAACAAGCUCUGAACACCUUUUUAAGAUGAAGAAGAAUAAAGUGUAUAUCACAGCUUCUUCCGUGGAUGAAAUAGACUGUCUAUCACAUGACUGGCAUCUGUAUUAUAUGUAGUGGUAUACUAAUACCUGCUGAACUGUUCUGCUCUGUAAAUGGCAAAACCUUUAGAAUAAUUUAUGGUGUAUUUAUAUGGUACCAUUGCUGUUUGUAAUGGUAAUUUACUCACACAUUGGACUCAGGUGUUCUUGUUUUUUUUUAAUUAUUAUUUUUUUGUUCAGUUUUUUUUUUUUUUUUCUUCCUCAUGUUUUAUUUGAAUAUUAAUUUGAUGAUUAAACUUCAUGCGAUGUUGAGGCACACAGAAUUGUAUAGCCUGUAUUAUUCAGUCGAUUCAACAUUCCCUGGGAUUUCUGUUUUAAGCAAGUUAGAAGGAUUAACAAAAAUCAAUGGCUAUGAUGUAUGCCGCACACACACACACACACGCACA